AUGUCCACCGAAUCCGCCGAAGACCAACGACUUAUCGCAGCCGUAUUCAAACAAAUCAAGCUUGCCGAGAUAAUUUUAGAUUACGAACAACUAGCAAAGGACCUUGAAAUCAAAGCUAUGCAUCCAGCAAAAGCUGCAAGCAAACGUUGGAUACGAUACAAGCAGAAAUAUGGUCUUCUUGCGGAAAAAUCCGCCAAGAACGAGGUCAGUGAUGAAAUGAAGAACUGCAUGAAUGUUACACAGAAGGCGGGAAACGGCAAAAAGACAGGGAAUGCGGCAGAAAGUACAAACGGAGGGAAGAAGGCUUCAUCAAAGAAAAGAAAGAUCGUCAAGGAUGAGGAUAAAGAUGAGGAGGAGGGGGCUGACUCCGAUUAG